GGUGGGGUAGAUGGAGGGAAGGAUAAGAAUUAAUCCACUGCCCGCAUUUGGGUUCCCUGGGUUCCGUUCCAGUGGCGGCAGCUUUGCUGCAAAAAUUGCUUUGCUAUUCGAGAUAGCCAGCAGAGGGAAUCGGAACUUUGCUUGCAGCAGGGGUUGAAGCAGGCUUUUUUUUUUUUUUUUUUUCUUGGAGGAAAUACUGCAGCCUUCUGGACUGCGUACGCUGCUCCCUGGAGAGGCUCUCUCGGUUCCACCCACCGGCUGGAAGGAGGGGAAGUGAAUGAAAGGACAGGACAAGCCCCGAACACCAUGUCACUCUGGGAGGGAGACAGCAGCAACUAAGCUGUGCAAGUGUGUUUCUUUUUUAAAUUCUUGCCGUGUUGGAACUAGCGAGUGGUGGAAGACGAGGGAUCUCUGAAGCCUCAUCAGUCAUCGGGACUGUCAGGAAUAGUGGUUUAAGAGGAAGCUCGGCCUGGGGCACUAUACCCUGUCAUCCAGUUCCCUGCCUCGGAGAUAAAGAUUCCAGCUACAUGGGCAAACGCCUGGAUCAGCCACAAAUGUACCCCCAGUACACUUACUACUAUCCUCACUAUCUCCAAACCAAGCAGUCCUAUGCACCAGCUCCCCACCCCAUGGCUCCUCCCAGCCCCAGCACAAACAGCAGCAGCAACAACAGCAGCAGCAACAGCAGCGGGGAACAGUUGAGUAAAACCAACCUGUACAUUCGAGGCCUUCCACCAGGCACCACUGACCAGGACCUAAUCAAGCUGUGCCAACCGUAUGGAAAAAUUGUAUCCACAAAGGCAAUUCUGGACAAAAACACAAAUCAGUGCAAAGGUUAUGGUUUCGUAGAUUUUGACAGUCCUGCAGCUGCACAGAAAGCAGUAGCAUCUCUCAAGGCAAAUGGCGUGCAGGCACAGAUGGCCAAGCAACAAGAGCAAGACCCAACAAACCUAUACAUCUCAAAUCUCCCCAUUUCCAUGGAUGAGCAGGAACUUGAGAAUAUGCUGAAACCCUUCGGACACGUCAUUUCUACAAGAAUACUAAGAGAUGCUAAUGGAGUCAGCAGAGGUGUUGGCUUUGCCAGAAUGGAGUCUACUGAAAAAUGUGAAGUGGUCAUUCAACAUUUUAAUGGAAAAUAUCUGAAAACACCACCAGGCAUCCCAGCCCCUAGUGAGCCUUUACUGUGCAAAUUCGCUGAUGGAGGACAAAAGAAGCGACAGAAUCAAAGCAAAUACACCCAUAAUGGAAGGCCUUGGCCCAGGGAAGGAGAGGUACUCAGAGGCAGGACUGUCCCUAGGCAAAAUCGUGAAGCUGGCAUGGCUCUGACCUAUGACCCCACAGCUGCCAUACAGAAUGGAUUUUAUUCUUCACCGUACAGUAUUGCAACCAACCGCAUGAUUCCACAGACAUCUAUCACGCCAUUCAUUGCUGCUUCCCCUGUCUCCACAUACCAGGUCCAGAGUACUUCAUGGAUGCCUCAUCCGCCAUACGUUAUGCAACCAACAGGUGCUGUGAUUACGCCGACAAUGGACCAUCCUAUGUCAAUGCAGCCAGCAAACAUGAUGGGCCCCCUGACGCAACAGAUGAAUCAUCUUUCAUUGGGCACAACAGGAACGAUUCAGUCCCAAGACAGGAUUAUGAUACUCCACCAGCUGUUGUGUCAGUAUAUGACUGCUGCCGCUCCUAUGCAAGGGACCUACAUUCCCCAGUACACGCCUGUGCCUCCAACAGCUGUUUCUAUUGAAGGUGUUGUUGCUGAUACCUCUCCCCAGACAGUGGCACCUUCAUCCCAGGACACCAGUGGUCAGCAGCAACAGAUAGCAGUGGACACAUCCAGCGAACAUGCACCUGCAUAUUCUUACCAACAGUCUAAACCAUAAACAAGACUGAAGAAUGUUGGUCGGAAACAUUGCCUUGAACGAAGAAACUUCAUUGAACAGGAAGUUGGCUUCCAGUUUGCACAGGCGUCGAUGGAAUGCUUUCUUUCUUUCUUUCUUUCUUUUUUUUUUUUUUUUUAAUUUUCUACUUUACCCAGUGAAAACAAAGUGUUUUUAUGUGCCGUGCAAAUGGUUCCUUCAUGUGGUCUGACAGUUUAUUUUUGCCAUCAUUUUUUUUUUUUAAAGAAAAAAAUCCCAGAAGAGGAAACAAACAAAAACCAACAACAAAACAAAACACAGAAGGUUGACAUUUUAUCUGGAAGACCAUUUGAAUUCAGAAUUUACCAGAAGAUGUAGACAGAUUUUUGUUUUUUUAAACAGAAAAUCAGAUAUCAACAGGUGGGCAAAGCAGAAAUGGAAACAAAUUGUCUUCCUUGGUAAUUAAGCUACCCUUUCUUUUCCCCUUUUUGUUUAAAUCUAGUGGGUUGGUUUUUUAUUUUAUUUUUUUCUUAGAAAUAUUUAGGUAAGGUUUAUCUUGAAUCUUAAUUGCCUUAAUUUUAAGGACGUCAAAGGCUCUCAAGGCAAGCUGUCAACGUCUUGUUAAAAAAAAAAAAUUCAAGAAAGAAUUGAAAUAUUGUGCCGGCUUUAACUGGUACAGAAGUUUAAGACUAUGAGUUUUUAGGGUGAAAAAAAACUGUACAGUUUAAAAGAAAAUGUUUUUCUUCAUUUGAAGAAAAUUUGUUGAUAAAAGAAACCAUGGCAACUGCAAGAAUUGGGAAAAUGCUGGGACUUUUCAUGAACUUUGUCUUAAGUGUUGAAUCAUUCUAGAAGGCUAAAACAUUUUACGGUAAAGUUAUUAAUGUUGGUUUAAAAACAACUGCAUUAGAAAUAAUGCGUGUUUGGGGGGCAGAAUGCAGAUUUUUUUUAUUUACGAAGCGUGAUCGCUAGCAAAAGCAUUAGUGCUUUUUAUCUGCAGUCUUUUUUAUGAGCUUUACAAAGUUUUUAGUCAGCUUUGCUUGUCACAUUGCAAAACCUAGCUUAAGAGCAUUAAAAAAAAAAACUUAAGUAGAUAGGAGCUUAUGGUCAAAAAGUGCAAAAAAAAAAAAACAAAAAAAGCAAUAGAUAGAGAAAUUGUUGACAAUUUCUGUAGUCUUUCCUAGUUGUGAUCAAAUUCAGCCUAUGGAUGGCCUAUUUUAUACCAAAGAUGAAGUGGCACCCUAUUGCAGUCCAGAAGAUAGAGGUUGUUUUCCAUUUCUUCUCUUUUCUUUUUAAGAAUUUUAUUUGACCUACAUGGCCGGACCAGUUCUUACUUUGUUGUUUGUUUAAACUACCUUCCACUGGUGUUUUAUAUACUGCAAAACAGAACACAACAAAAGGUGUUUUGUUUUUGUUUUUGUUCCUGUUUCUGUUUUUGUUUUUUUGUUAACAUACAUUUGUUGAUUCUAGUAGAAAAGCUUGCACCUGCUGUGUUCAGCAGUUUCCGCAGGAAGAGUUCUGGAUACCAACUGACAGAGCCAAAUGGCUUUAUAUUCAAUCUGUGAGCUUUUCUGGUUCCUUACUAGCUCUCUUGAAUGGUGACACCUGUGUGGAUGGCCACUGAUAUGUGGAGACCCUUGUUUAACAGGUUGAAAUUCCUUUCUGUGAACUUUGAACUAAAGGUCCUUCCCGGAACUGGUCUGAAAGGUCACUUGUCAAAAAACAAAACAAAACAAAACAAAA